CAAACACGUGGACAACUAUUGGGCUUCGUAUGGAAACAAGAAUCUCAUCCUAUGGGUUUUCCGGUUGAUUAGUGGCUCCAAGAAUGUGCUGAACGACGAAGAGGAAUUUACCAAACAUACGGCUAUGGUAACAAAGCACACGAUCUCAGUGGAAAAGCUUGGUUGGCAAGAAAUCGACGUCACAAAUGCCGUUCGAGCUUGGCAUUCGGAGAAAACCAACGACAGUUUGCGACUAUAUGUCGAUUGCUCUGGCUGUGGAAACAAAAUCACCAUCCAUUUGUUCGAUGAAAACCAGAACAAAGUCAAGGAAUCAUUCCUGAAGGCUCAAAAGAUGAAUCCAAAAAAGAAACCGGAAAAUUUUAUCGAUUACAAUCGACCUUAUCUGUUUGUAAGCCUAGCUACGAACCACGUGAAGCGAUUGCGAAGGCGUGCACUAGACUGCACUGGGGCACCAAACGAGCAGUGCUGUAAGCAGAAAUUCUACGUUGACUUCAAGGCACUCAAGUGGGACGAUUGGAUCAUACGCCCGCAUGGAUACUUUGCCAAUUACUGCAAGGGAACCUGUCUACUGCCGGACAAGUUCUCGGCCGAGUAUCAGUACGUUGUCGAUGAGUUCCGGAGGCAAGGACAACUAACCGGAAUUCACCAGUGCUGUGCACCGACAAAGUACUCACCUAUGUCGCUCAUUUUCUACGGACCAGACUCGCGUGUCAUUAAACAGGACCUUUCGAAGAUGAUUGUAGAAGAAUGCGGUUGUCCAUAAACUCAAUUCUGU